AUGGCACCGAGUCCGUUGACAACAGACGGUGGCCUGUGUGCCAUGCCCCUCUCAUCUUCGCCCCCUGUCUGGCAAGCUAUCAGGCGAGCGGAUGCCACAGCAAGCACUUCCAGCAUCGCUUCAUCGGAUUACCAGGUUCUUCGCAAAUCCCCCAAAAUGAACGAACGCGGAGACUUCAAUGGCACAUGUUCGAGGGAGCAGGCGAUGAUGAUCACACCAGAGACUCCAGAUGGAUCUUGCACGUCAUACUUCGCCGAUGUCACAGACUACUGCUGCGCGGCUGUUGGAGGCAUCUACAAUGCAACCUUCCAGGCAGUCAAUGUCUCCGACACGCAGGCCGUGGCCCUCGAUCACCCUAUCUGUGCGACGUCAAAUUAUGCAGACAUGUUCUCCUGCUACCAAUACGUCACCGAAUCGCAUUGCGUGUCAACAACACCUGUUCCGUACGGCGUCUGCAACAAGAACGGGCCAGACACGAGUCGAGUAAUCCGACAAGCAUCGUCGAGUGCUGCUUCAAGCGCCCCUACUUUGGCAUUGCGCUGGACCUUGGCUCUCACCGGCCUACUCGCGUGCUCUGCCAUACAGGCCAUGGCCGGCUAG